GUAAGUCUUGAGCAAUCCUUGUGGACUCUUCCCUCCUUUGUUUUCAACCCCGCCUUGGCCUAUGAAAUUGAUGGCCAGAGAACAUUCAAGCGUCCAGUGCUCCAGUCAUCUCUAUCCUUCCCUGAGGAGCCACUAAAUCCUCAGGAAGAUCUACUAUCACUAGGAGAAACUCAGGCAGAAAGGGCAAGGCUGCUGUUUCCCUUAAGUUCCGUUUGUGGACGCUCAGCGUCUUAACACUGCUCCCAGAUACUGCGCCCCUAUCGUGGCUCCUGGCUAGGUGCAACCCACAUUCGAACUGUUAAGAUUGGGGGCGGGGUUUGGCUAGGCAGGUCCAGGAUGCGAGAUCCUGGAGAAAAGAAAAGGUGUAGUGUUUGGGGCCAUCAACGGGCUAGCUGGCUUGGCACGGUUGAGCUCUUCGGAACAGGUAAUACCCAGUGGGGAGCCUGUUGGUCUGAGCCAGAGAUAAGGCUGGAGGAGAGAGCUCCGGGUGACAGAAGCAUGGAUUUCAGAACCCCUGACCUGCUGGAUGUGUGGCUGGAGCCCCCAGAAGAUGUCUUCUCAACAGGAUCCUUCCUGGAGCUGGGACUCUCUCUACCUCCAGAAGGCCCAGUAACUAGGCUGCAAGAACAGGGGCUGCAAGGCUGGGAGUCCAGUGGGGGCCAUGGCUGUGGUCUUCGAGAGAGUGAGUCUGAAGAUUUCCUGAAGCUUUUCAUUGAUCCCAAUGAAGUGUACUGCUCAGAAGCAUCUCCUGGCAGUGACAGUGGAAACUCUGAGGAUCCUGGCCAUCCAGACAGUCCCCCUGCCCCGAAGCCACCCAGUUCCCCUGCCCUCUAUCAGGUUGUCUAUGAGACAGGAGCCCUGGAGAGGAUGCAGGAGGAAGCUGGGACAGCUGUAGGGUUCAUUUCCAUCCAACUAGAUCAGUGGAGCCCACCAUUUAUGGUGCCUGAUGCCUGCGUGGUCAGUGAGCUGCCUGCUGACACUCAUGCGCACAUCCUGCCCAGAGCGGGCACUGUAAACCCAGUGCCUCCUGCAGCCCUGCUGCCCUGUCAAACCUUGUUCCUGACAGAUGAGGAGAAGCGUCUGCUGGGACAGGAAGGGGUUUCCCUACCCUCUCACCUGCCCCUCACUAAGGCAGAGGAGAGGGUCCUCAAGAAGGUCAGGAGGAAAAUUCGUAACAAGCAGUCAGCUCAGGACAGUCGGCGACGGAAGAAAGAGUACAUCGAUGGACUGGAGAGCAGGGUGGCUGCCUGUUCUGCACAGAAUCAGGAACUACAGAAGAAAGUCCAGGAGCUGGAGAGACACAACAUCUCCCUGGUGACUCAGCUCCGCCAGCUGCAGAUGCUUAUUGUUCAAACUUCCAACAAAGCUGCCCAGACUAGCACUUGUGUUCUGAUCCUUCUUUUCUCCUUGGCUCUCAUCAUCCUGCCCAGUUUCAGCCCCUUUCAGGGCCUACCAGAAGCUGGGCCUGAGGAUUACCAGCCUCAUGGAGUGAUUUCCAGAAACAUCCUGACUCACAAGGACAUGACAGAAAAUCUGGAGAACCCAGUGGUUGAGUCCAGAUUGGAGGGGCCACCUGGGGCCAAGGGUGCAAAUGGCUCAACACAGACACUGCUUGAGAAGGAAGGGAGGGCAGGGCCCAACAGGCACAUCAGAACUGUGCUGCACGGAGAUGAGAUGUGAGCUGUAACACUUCCUGGCCCACUUCCCAUUCACAAUAAGGAAUUCAGGGCUCCACUGUGGUUCUGCUUCCCACCUGGGAUUCCCAUUCAGGGUUCUCUGGCCUCAGGGCUCAGGAUACUCUAGAUGUCUGAGCUCAGUCUGCCUAUGUGAGGGGGCACCUCAAAUACUUUUGUUAUGUAUCUGUGGUUUUAUUUCUUCUUUGGGGAUAGGGUUUAGGGGAAGCAGACCUUUUGGCUGAGAAAUAAACUUUUU